AUGGGAGGAGGAGGUGGUGAUGGUGAUGUGGAGGCGACAACUUCUGUGACCACUGGCGAGGAAAGACCGUUGUUUUUGAGCGGCAUUGCGGAUGACGUCAUCAAAAAGUACUACGAGAUCACACGCGACUCGACACUGAGCGAGGAUGAAAUGAGGGAUGCUCUCAUGCAAUGGAAACGAUUGCUUCCACCUGACUCCCUGAUCCCCUUUGUUUCUAUCCCUGGUCCUGCUUCAUCCUCGAUUUAUGCAUACAUUUCAGCAUCACCACUUCCACCCCAAGAAAUAUCAUAUGCACCCGUCCCUCCGAUUUCGCAAACUACACGUAAUAUCUAUCCCAUUCCACCUGAUAGCCUUACCAAUUCUGUAGCCACAGAAUCUUCUUACAGAGAAGCUUACGAGGAAGUACAAGAGGAAAGGGAUCAGAUGCUGGCGAUGGAGCGCAGUCAUCACACAGAAGGCAUUCCUUCUAUGGACGAGGUGGCAAAACAAACAGCGGAAUUGGCUCAGGUCAGUUAA